UCCCAGUAUCUUACAAUAUCUUACAAACUGUUUUAUCAUUAUUGUUAGCUUCAUUCAUUUAUAUUAAUAGCUGAUCCCUCAUCUUGUCUUGAUAUUUUUUUUGACAAAGUUCAGUAUUGCAACGAAAUUACAAUGACAGACACAGAUUUGAAAGAGCAGGGAAACCGGCUUUUCUCUGCAAGAAAAUUUGAUGAAGCCAUAGGCUGUUAUUCAAAAGCUAUCGUUAAGAACCCCUACACUGCGACAUACUUUACAAACCGGGCACUCUGCUACAUAAAGCUGAAACAGUGGGAGAAUGCUGUACAAGAUUGUCGCCGAUCGCUGGAGCUCGACAAAUUACUUAUAAAGGGACACUACUUCAUGGGUCUGGCGCUCACUGAGCAAUUACAUCACGAUGAGGCAAUUGCAUCUUUAAAAAGGGCCCAUGACCUUGCAAAAGAUGCCAAGAAAAACUUUGGAGAUGACAUCACAAGUGCAUUACGACAUGCUAAGCGGAAACGGUGGAACCAGCUGGAAGAAAAGCGAAUCCAACAGGAGAUAGAAUUGCAGUCAUACCUGAACAAGCUCAUACGCGAAGAUAUGGAAAGGCGUCGCUUGACUGUUAUGGAGAGUGCUGAGCAAGAGGGACUGUCGAAUGAUGAAUGUGAUAAAAGCAUAAGGACUUUUGAAGAAGAACAGGAUCGAAGAGUGGCCGAGGUUAACGACUUGUUUGCUCAGGUGGAAGAAAAAAGACAGAAGAGGGACGUUCCUGACUGUCUGUGUGGACGUAUCAGUUUUGAGUUAAUGCGCGAUCCUGUGAUAACGCCGAGUGGAAUUACAUACGACAAAAAAGACAUUCUUGAACAUUUACAGAGAGUAGGCCACUUUGACCCAGUCACACGCACAGAUCUUAACCAAUCACAGCUUAUACCCAACCUUGCCAUGAAAGAGGUCAUCGAACACUAUCUCGAACAAAAUCCCUGGGCAGAGGAAUUCUGAUAGAAAGGAUAACUUCUCAAGAAGAAUUUUAGCAGAUGUGUACUUCAACAAGUAUUAGCAAUUCCAAAUUGAUUGCUGUGUAGUGUGGAAAACUCCUUCAGUUAAAUCUUGCAUUACUUUGAAGAUUUGUACACACAGUGACAUCGUUCUCAAUGCUGAGGCCAUGGACAAUGUGUUUAUCUACAUGAAAUUGUAUGAUAAGAUUACAAGAAAGUAUUGGAACUAUUCUUAUUUUUCUGAGCUUCAAACCUUGACCAAAGAACGGCUCUCAUCUUCGUAUUCAACAGCUUCAACGCCUUUGUUGAUUAUACACUUAGUUCUAUCCCCUUGACUUAUGUAAAUAGUUGCUAACUUGGUAUACAGUCGAACCCUGUUGGCUCGAAUUCCCCGUUGGCUCGAACUGGAUGUUAAGGACCGAUUUCUACAUACUGAAUGUAAACAUUCCCACUUGGCUCGAAAUUAUUUCACUGGUCCCUAGGACUUUGAGCCAAAGGGGUUCGACUGUAUUAUAAAUGAAGUAAAAAUAAAAGCACUUCAUAUGUAGCUGAGUUAAUCAACGAUGUCCAGUAUAUGCUUUAAGUGCCAUUAAACAUUUUCAUAAUUUUACAUUUGGAAGACGAUGGUUAUCAAACUGUAGAAUUAAGAAUAAAAAUGUACAUGUAUAUUGAUACUACAGCGGUUGCCAAUUGUACGGUUACAUGCGUGUAAAUAACUUUUGGAAGUAUGAGAUUCAGGUAUGUGAACCAAUCACAAAAACCAGGCCACAGGUGAAAAUGACGUUAUGCUUAUGAUUCCACACGCAGAAUGUUUAAGGAUAACAAAGAAAUAGUUAAAUAAAACCAAAGUGACACUUAUAAAAAAUCAGUGUUUUAAAACGCCUUGAUUUUUCAUCAUUUUCACCUAUGUCCUGGUUUUCAUAGAUUGCGUCAUAUUAUGGUUAGAAUCAAUAUAUUUCAACUUCUGGCCAGAGUUGAGAGAACAUAAAAAUGUGUGAUCUUGGUCAAACAGGUUUGAGUAAUUCUGUACAAAACUAGCUUUCAUUUAUCACAUUUUAACAUAAACACAUUGGUUAUGAAGUAUGCAAAAUCAGCCUACACAUUCAGUGUUGGGCAAAUGAAAUUUAAAGCUGCACUCUCACAGAUUGAACGUUCUGACAACUUUUUAUUUUAUGUCUUGGAAUGAGCCAAUUUUUGAAAAAAUCCAUGGAAACCAAGUCAAGUCAAAGUUUUAUUAAAAAUUCAAUUAGAACAUUGCCAGUACACAAACAACAUACUAGAUGGCAUUUAAUGACAACAAAAUAGAGUGAAAUAUAGAUAUGAAAUAAAUAUGAGAUAAUUUUUACAACAAUUAAUCUUAAGGAGAAACGUAUGAACUAUAACUAUACAUGAAAUGUAUUUAGACAUGUUAAUUAUGCUAAGCAACAUUUUUUUUAUCCGUAGCGAAUGAUAAAUAAGUAGCAAUAUUAUUUUAUAUUUUAUCAUUAUUACAGGACAUCACGUUAUUAAAUUUGGUCUUAUUAGGCCAGUGAAUAUAAUACAUGGGUAUAUAUUUUGUACGUAAACCAGUUAUAUUAACUAAUGACAUAAAAAUAGAUCGCAGAUUUUUAUAUUUAAGUUCAAAAAUUGAUGUUCUUGCAUUUUCAUUAAACUGUUAGUAAUGGUUUUAGCCAUAAAACAUUAAUUUUUGAACGGAAAUAUGAAAAUCUAUGAUCUGAUUUUAUGUCAGCCAUCUUUUAACAUUGGUUUGCAGAUAAUUAUGCAAAAAUUUGCUCUUUCCAAGACAAAAAAUAAAAAAGUUGUAAAAAUGGUAUAUCUGUGAGAGUGCAGCUUUAAGUCCAACUGCAACUUCUAUUUGUACUGGAAGAUGCAUAUACAUGAAAAAGUAUGAGAAAUGUUUCGCAACUUUUUCGCAGCUUUGAUACGAAACUGCACGUUUCAUUUAUGUUUGUACCCUUUGGUGUUGGCGUCUUACUUCAUACCUCAAACUUACACACAUGUAAAAGUGUAAUUUUUUAAGAAGUGAUCAAAUACGCAAGUUCAUAUUUCAUUGACUGUAAUGAUAACAGUAUGAUUCAUAGCAUUAUUGUCAAGUUCAUUGGUGUUUUAUGUUUUUUGUUUCAUGAUAAAUAUCAGGAUUGUUCAUUAGGGCCCCUCAAAAUGUUUUCAUACUCUUACAGUGACAAUUUGCCCUUUCCUGACAAGUUAUACGAAUAUAUAUAACUCCAACUUAAAUAUUGUAUAGUUAUCGCCCGUUGUAAUUAUAAUUAUUAUGCUGCAAGCUACAUGUAGUCUCGAUUCAAACAAUUAAAGACACAUGUUUUUAUAUAAUGUGUUAUAAAAUAGUCUCUAUUUAUACAAUUAAAGAUAUAUGUUUUAAAAUGAUCUGUAGUAAAAUUAAUGCUUUCAAUUAUUCCAUUUUUUAUGAAAAAAAAAUGGAUUAUAAUGUACUUGGAUUUAAUUUGUUUCAACCUAAUCUUGUAUGAUACACAUGUAAUUUUAAUUGAUUUGGAUAAGACAUCCAACAUGUUACAUAUUGUCAAUUUAGGCAUCAAAAUAAACAUCCAUGGAAUUUGCAAGUUGCCAUUUUUUAUUGGUAAUAAUAAACGUACAGUAGUAUUUAUUUCCAAUGAUUAAUUGCAAGUUGCCCUUGUAUUCUGUUAUUAUAAAACAUACCAUAAUUAUUAUUUUAACAAUGAAUUACAAGUUGCCCUUGUUUUAUUCUGUUAUUAUAAAACAUAAAGUAGUUUUUUUGCUAUGAUUAAUUGCAAGUUACACUGGUUUUAUUUUGUUAUUAUGAACUGUUAUGAUUUUUUUUUAAUGUAUUAUGUUGGAUGUGUUUAAUAGUCAGACAAUGAACUAUUCAAGAACAAUACACAAUAUAUUAUCAUUAUUGUGUUUUAUUUAGUCUGUGAUAACCAUGUUAAUGUUAAAACAGUGUUUUUGUUAAGCAUAAUGAUAAUCAUCCUAUAGAUGGAAAACAAAUGAUAAUUACAAUAAUUGUAAAUGGUUACAUAUAAACGCCGAUCAGGCAGUUUUUGUUAGUCAAAAACAUUUUUUUUUUUAAAUCAAUUAUAAUAUGAAUUUUUAUCUUAAACCAAAUAUGCACAUUCAAUUUAUAGGUCAUUUAAUCAUUUGAUGGUUUGAUUUCUGCAUAAUCUUCACUUUUCUAAUUCAGCGUGUGGAAAUAGUAUUGUUGAAAUUUCAUAAUUUCGCUUGCAGUGAAAAUUUGAAUGAAGGAAAAAACUUGUUUCAUCUCAAGUAUUAACCAUGUAGUGUUCCCACGAAUAGGGAUGUUUUUUUAUGUUGCUUUACCUGUUUACACUAAGUACUUCUGAACUACACGUGUAUAAGUAAUCUUCAUAUUUGUCCUUGGCAUUCGAUCUGAUGCUUUACUAUACACAAUUUACCACUCAACAUUAACGUUAUUUGAAUCACAAUAUCUAUGCUGACAUUGUAAUCAUGUUUAAACUUGCAUUGGCUGUAUGUUGGGUAAUAAAUGUCAUGGAUUUAUUGUUCUUGCUAUUUAAUUAAAUAGUUUAAAAUUG